AUGAACAUAGACAAUUAUUUGUUUGAAAUCACAAAAAUAUUGAAAGUAAUUGUUGUGCUUAAUAUAGUCAAUGGGUUACAAGUUAUAGAGAAAAAAGAUAAAAGUCAUUUGGAGCCAAUUUUGUAUAAGCAUGUGUAUGAAGAUGACGAUAAGCUUAAUAGUCAAUCGAAGUAUAUAGAUUUGGAUAUAGACGAUACACUGAAAAUUUACCAAAGAAGUAAAGAUGAUAAUGCAGAUAGCAAUGAAAAUUUUAAGACACUUUUAGAAGAGAAGUACAAGUUCGUGAAUGAUGGAACUUCAACGAGGUACAAGGUUUAUGGAGAUGACCGAUCGUUUUCUGUAUUCCCAAAAAUACCAGAAGACAAAAACAUGGCCUGGGCAUUCCGUUCCUACGCCGUGAGGAGGAUCGUGGGAGGCAUGGAGACCAGUAUCAGCAUGUACCCGUACAACGUCGCCAUAUCCAGGAAUGGGAAACAUUGGUGUGGUGGAUCUAUCAUUGAUGAGCAAUGGGUCCUCACCGCUGGGCAUUGCUUGGAAGCUUCAGAUGGCAAUAAAAAGAAACUAACACCUUUUAUCAUCAGAGCCGGUAGUUCUUUUCAUAACAGAGGUGGAUACCAAGCCCGUGUCAAUAAGGUGUUUUUUCCUACAGACUAUGCUCCAGGUAAUGCAGAUUAUGACUUCUCCUUGCUCCGCCUUGAUCGUCCAAUGCCAAUUGGGCGGAACAUCGCAGUUCUGAAUUUGCCGGCCAAAGAUUACAUCAUCAAAGAAAACGACAUCCUCAUUGUUACUGGCUGGGGUAGUACUGAUGAGUCGGGAUAUGGUCACAUCCCAGAUCGGUUGCGUUUCGUCCCGGUCCCGGUGAUGAGGCAUACUGACUGUCAGCAGUCCUACAGGUUCUACAUCACGCCGAGGAUGCUGUGCGCUGGAUACGCUACUGGCGGGAAGGACGCUUGUAACCACGAUUCAGGGGGUCCAGCAGUAAGAGACGGUGUGCUCCUAGGCAUAGUAUCAUUUGGUGGGAAGCAGUGUGGUGACCCUCACUCCCCUGGAGUCUACAGUCGAGUCUCGGAGAUCACGGAAUGGGUGGAAGAAACAAUUACAUCGAAUGAAGCAUUUAAAGAGCCUGAACUGCUUCCGAAGAUCAGAAGAGCGAGGCAGAGGGAGAUUGAGUUGCAAAAAUUCAAGGCCAGAGUGGAAGACAAGAAAAAUAAGAUAAAGAACUGGCUACGUGAUACCCUCAAAUCACCUUCCUUCAUAUCGCUAGCCAAAAAGAAGCUUCGAGAAGCAGGCUUCGCUACAAGACGUCUAAUAAAACCAGAAGAAACAAACUCCAGUGCUUUAGAUGAUUCUACUAUGGACGAAAUUAAUUUAGCCAAUCAAAUCCAUGAAAGAAUACUUGACGUUGAUGAUAACGAAUCAGAGAAGUUAUUAAGAACUCUAGCUUUACAAGAAGUUAUGUUGACAGAGAGUAAAGAAGUGGAACAGGCGGAUCCUAAUGCAAGUUUUGAGGCGUUCAUUAGUUAUAUUGCGAAAGGUUAA